AUGGUGUCGAUCUUUAAAGCAAUUCGCGACAAUGACAUACAAUUACUGAAGUAUUUCAUCGAUCUUUCAGUCGGUGAUCAACAGCGUCAACGCUCUAAUAUCGCUAAUAUACCGAAGAAUGACCUUCAAUGGAUACAAAAGUAUUUGAAAAAUGCCGGUUUGAAAUAUUUCGACUUAAAUAAACGUUCGACAAAAGGUCGAACACCGUUACAUUAUGCUGUUACCUGGAACAGAGUUGAAAUAGCAAAAUUAUUGAUCGAUUGCCCAAAUGUCAAUGUUAACUUAUGCGAUUUGGAAAACGGCUGGACUGCCCUUCACAGGUGCCUCUAUCUUGGGAAUAUUGAAAUAGCAAUAAUGUUAAUGCAGAGAGAUGAUAUUGAUGUGGGGUUGAAGGACUACGAAGGUUUGACAGCAUUUGAAUUGUAUAACAGUACAGUGAUAGAUUGUUACCCCACCGAAAGUUCAAUUUUAAUUGAUAAUGCGGAGACCAAUAUUGACGAUAUGGACUCAAAAGACCAUUAUUAUCACCAUCAUACAGCAUUUGCUAGACGAGGGGGUACUGAUCUUUAUACUUGGGGCUUUAAUACAAAUUACGUGUUGGGACAUCCAGAUUCUGAAAAUCGACUACGGCCAGAGCGAGUAAAGCUACAAUUAGAAUCUCAUAAAUUACCGUUCUUCAUGCAAAGGCCACACCAUUUGAUACAGUCUGUUAAUAUGUCAAAAUAUCAUAUGGCGAUCUUAACAACUGAGUGCAGUCAUAACCUUUUAUUAUGCGGUUUUGGAAGAGGCGGAAGAUUGGGCACGGGAAAAGAAUUAGAUACACAGUUCACGCCUACACCUGUCCAAUGGCCGGAACGGUUUGCAUCUGUCGCCUUGGGACGAGAUCAUACAAUAGCGGUAACAGAAACGGGCAAUGUAGUAACUUUCGGAAGCAACCAAUACAGUCAAUUAGGGUAUGAGACGGAAAACCAGCAAAAAAAAGAUGAAGCUCCUAUGCAGCUCGUUCCUCGCAAAAUACAGGCUCAAACUUUGAAGAAGCAGCCUAUCAUAGGUGCUGCUGCCUCCAGAAUUCAUUCUGUCGUUUACACUCGCAAUGAUAUUUUUACCUGGGGUUAUAAUCAAGGGCAAUUAGGAUAUCAUCAGCCUGACGAUGAAGUUAAUCAAAUCUCACCGAGGAAAGUGGGUAUGCCGACGGAGAUUUUGCAGGUUGUUGCAAAUGAUAACGCCACUACUAUUUUGACCAAAUCCCAUGAAAUAAUUUUGCUCUGUAAUUAUACCCAGCAAAAACUAUUUCUGCCGUCAAGUCGAUUUCCAACUGGUAUUGCAGUACAUAGAUCAGAAGCAAUUUAUCCAAUAAAGCUUUUAGGAAGUGAGACAGACUAUUUAGGUGCAAUCACCAAUACGGGUGAUAUUUUCAUAUGGACAUGUCGUUCAAAAAAGCCGCGCAAUUUUGUUCAAACACAACAACCAACAGAACACAAAAAAAGCACUAACAACUAUUCAAACAGAAUGUUGGUUACAAUAUCCGCUCCGAAGCGUAUAUGGAAUUAUGACAAAUCACGUUUGGCAGCUGUUGAUGCUGCCAUUGGGCAAAAUGGCGAAAUCCUGAUUUGUGUGCAAUCGGGCUAUGUAUUUAAGGGGCAUAUUGAGUCCAAUAGCUAUAAAUUCUCUCAAGUGCCACAAUUACAGAGAUGCAUACACGUCUGCGCUAAUUCAAGUGGUGCUUUUGCAGCUAUUCGGUCAGAGUAUGCUCUACCGGCCAUUACAACUGAAGUUGUAUCGACAUUAGAAAAAGAUAUAAUCAAAUCUCUUCCACAUGCAACAAUUUCUAAAGACUUGGCCGAAGAAAUUAAACGGAAAAGGACAGAGAUGGAAAUCGCUAUUGAAGCUGAAAACAUUAAAUGUAACAAUAUGAAUUUGACAGAACAAGAAAUGGAGAAGUAUUUAUCUGAAUGUAAAAGCAAGAUACGCGAACGGUACACCAAUUUGGCUUUAGCCUCUGUUGAGGAUGGUUGGACGCAGAUAACUCAACUAGCAUUGAACGAUGAAACGUUGGAUAUCGUUUUUAAUGUAGAUAACAGAGAAAUAUAUUGCCACAGCUUCAUUUUAAAAUGUCGUAGUGGCAUUUUUGAACAGCUUUUGAAAAUGGAAGAUCGUUCAGUAGUGAAUGAUAUGAAAUUCACAGUGAGAAAACAAGGAUCAACUGAUCGAAUUGUUAUUUAUAUUGAUUCUUGCAAUUUGGCAGCAUUGCUCUUACUUAUCGAUUAUGUGUAUACCGAUCAGUACGAGCACCCAAUGAAGGCCUUUUGUCAAUACCCUGCUCUAUGCUUUGAAAGUAUGGAUGCCUACUUUACCCCAACAACCAAUAUGAUUAAAGCCGUGCAAAAAGAUUUAAUCACCCUAUCUAAAAUAUUCUCUUUGCCGCAAUUAGAAGCUUCGGCCCAAUCUUCGUUUAGUCAUAAACCUUUACCGACUCUUACUGAUCACUUAAGAUUAUUGCUGGAAACGAAAAAAGGAGCAAAUAUUACAUUGCAGCUCAAGAACACGGCAGAAAAAACGAAAUGUCAUGAAGUUAUUGUACGGCAGAGAUGUCCUUUCUUCAAGCAUUUAUUUCAACCUGGUUCUGUUUGGAGCAUGAAUCGAAAAAAGAAAGCAAAGGCUGUACAAGAGAAUUCUGAUAAUAAUUGUGUCACAGUCAGCCUUGACCAUAUAUCUCCAACAAUCAUGGAAAUAUUACUCAAAUAUAUAUAUUUAGAUGAAGAUGAGUCAGUUUUAUUCCAAAAUGUUGUCGCGGACAAGGAAGAGACGAUGUUGGAUAUUUUAUUGUCAACGCUUUGUGAAGCCGAUGCACUCAUGCUAAAUAGAUUGAAGGUCAUCACUGAGAAAGCACUCGUUCCUUUCAUUAAACUGCGGUCUGCAAGAACAAUAAUUGAGUAUGCAGAUAACUAUCUUGCAGACAAUUUAAAGCAAUCCUGUCUGAAAUUUAUUGCUGUUAAUUUACCGGUUUUCCUCGUAUCACGAAUGCUGGACCCGCUUUCCCGCUCUUUAGUUAUCAACAUUGAGAAUUAUAUUCGAGAAUGUCAAAUCAAUUUUAUGCCACUGGUAUCACAUUUACCGCCUGUUCUUAAUCAUAUUAACGAUCCGGAUGUACAAACAGAGGAUACGGAAAUAUCUAGCUCAUUGUUUGCUUUAUCUAAAAGUGACAAAUUCAUCAACACAUUUACUGAAGUCCUCGUUACCUACUAUCCAGAAAAAGCUUCCUCAGUGGAGAACAAACCUGCAUUUAUGAAAAAAUCCAUUACAGAUGGCUCGCAAAUAAUAGAAUCGCUGAUCAAAAAGGACGAUUCUAAGGUUAUGAGCUUAAAAUUGAGCAAAGGCUCUCGUAAUGGCUUGGAUAAGCCCGAGGAACGCUUUGAGGCACACUCAGUUUUAGACCAGCAGCGUUCUUCAACAGGUUGGGCGCCGCUUACUCCCGCUUCAUCAAUUGAUAACCCUUCUGUUUCCUUGCGAGAAAUUAUGGAGACAGAGAUGCGUCCAUCCGAAACUAUGCCUAAGAUUUUGAAGUCAACUACAGUUAAAAAAGUUUCGCAGAAAGAGCGUAAGAGGCUCGCUCAUCAGCAAGAGUUGGAAUCUAUGUUAGAGAAUUCUGCAUCUUCUUCAAAGCCAGUUUGGGGAAAGCUACCGACUGUUGACGUGAAGCCCAUUGUUAAGAUUAUAAAAGAAGCUGCAAACAAUUCUGCGGAGCCGUCCACUUCGAAAAUUAGAGCACCGUCGACGGGGGACAACAAGGGCAAGAAGAUUUAUAUUCCUGAGGAGUAUAUAGAUGAUAUAGAAAACUUCAGAGAUGUCGAAGGAAUCGAUGUAGAAGUACCCAUAUUCAAUCCCGUAGAGAGUUUUGGUCCAUCAUUUAGCCAAACUCCAAUGCGUUGCUUUAAUUUCGAUAAGAAUGAUCGCAGAGGGGCACCGAGCCCUAAAUUUUCUUUACGAAAUAUUCAACAGCAACAAAAAAUGGAAGAUAGUUGGCUUAAAGGGAAUAAACCGAAGAAGAAUAUAUUAAGAAUUCAAAAAGAAGAGGAAGCUCUUAGAGGUAUUGCACAAUUCUAUGUUCAAACGUUAGAUGUAAUGACGGGAGAAUGGUUCGAAGUGAAGCAGUUAUCUAGCAAGUAG